CAUGGCACUGGCUGUCAGCCCAGUCGAGACACUAUGGGCAAAAGACUCCCUCUUCAGGUAUCUGGAGGCCAUGGAGCAACUGCAGGAGAACCUUGAAGAAUAUGACAAACUGCAGUCACUUACCAAUGAUGUUCUACUGCAAGUGAUGGAUUCUUCCAGAGAUCACUGUUGAACAGAGCUGUACUAUGCAGAAACUAAUAAUGCAUUCAGCACAGCUAUGAUCUGUAUACUUAUACCACUCUGUACACACAACACACAUGCCAC